CGUAAUCAAUACUCUGCGGCAACAGUGUCCCGCCGGCACGAGUCACAUGCCCUCAACAUGUCCCGGUCCACGUAAAACCUCAACUCCGUUCAACAUCACCGAAAAUCGUACGUAAACCGACGCAUAAACAAUGGCCGAGGGCACGUACGAGUACGAGUGCAUGAGGGCCGAACUGCUGGGCGUCGACAAACCAACCUACGAGCAAUUCAUGAGCAAUAAAAAGGUGGAGGACGAAACUCAGGAAUUGGAGGAACAAGACCUGACGGGGACCGAGCAGGAAAGUGAAGGGGUUGGAAACGUGGUGGGUGGACUGAACAACAUCCUGGCGGUCACGCAGAAGAAGUUGGACAGAUUUAAGGCUUCGUGUGGUUCCCUGACGAACCUGUUGAGGAUAAAAAUGGGUGCCGGUGAAACUGCUGGCACAACUGAAACGAACCUGCACGAAAAUGGGAAAUGUGAAUCGUUGAUUAAAGACGAAUCACAAGAAUCCAGUUCCUGAAUUUGUCUGUUGAAAAGAAACAAGCUCAUAAUAUCAUUUUAAAUCUUAAGGUUAAUGUAAUUAUUAUAAAUUAUAUAUAUUAUGGAUGUUAAAUGUUCGUCAGAUUAAAUUUAAAUAAAUUAAUAUACCGCAAAACACCUAAAACACGGUUGGUAUACCGAAGUGCUUCCAUUUAGGGUUAGUGAAAGUCUGUGAAUUUAUCAAAGUUUGCGGAUUAUCAAACCAUGAAUUGAUAAUUUUAUUGUGACCCAACAAACACCAACUUCACUGUUGUAUAAUGCUUCGAAUUUUGUGAUUCUAUUGUUUUAAAUAAACUAAUACUGUUUAAAAUCAAA